AUGGUACGUGAAGUUCAUGCAUUAACCAGUUCAAAUUGUUCCAUUGAUAUUAUUGCAAUUAAACAUGCUGCUAACGAUGGUAUACAAGCAGAAGAAUUUCCAAACAAAGAUGGCGUAACACAUAAACAUCAUUCAAGUAUAACAGACGAUGAAUCCGGUUUUUCUGAAACUGAAACUGAAACAAUAUCAGUACCAUCAUCACCUGUACCAUUAUUGAACGAAGAUGAUUAUGAAUUAGCAUCAGUAUUAUCUGAUGAUAUGAAAAAAGAAUUUUGUUCGGAUAUGGGUUUUAUAUUUCAUGCUGAAUUUCAAUUAACAUUCGGUCGUUAUUUUUUAUCUGAUCGAUGGGUUCUAAUGCCGUUAGGCAUCGAUGGUAUUUUUCGAUUGCCAUCGGAUUCAUUAUGCGAUGUUGAAAUAGCCAAAGUUCGAUUUGAAUGUGAUUCCUGUUCGCAUUGUUGGACAUCAAUGCGUGGACAAAUAUCAUUUUUCUAUGAUUGCAAAUCAUAUAUUCUUUAUUUUAAAUUAUUCGCACAACUUUGCGAUCGUUGCAGUGUUACGUGUACACCAUUAUGGUAUCCCGAAGAAGUGUGUCGUGUUAUGCGAAAUGUUUUCGUUGAUGUUAAUCAACGUGUAUAUCCAAAUUUAAAAACACCAAUUCAAUCAAAUCAUCAUCGUCGUUUCGGAAAUCCAAAAGGACAACAUCAUGGAUGUGAAUCCUGUCGAGAUGGUGUUUGUGUUGCUGUUGCUGAACAACAACUUGGUUGUAAACUUAUUAAAUAG